AUGGUUUCUAAACACACUGAUAUAGUCUCGAAAGAAAAGAAGAACCGGAAGGGCAUUCUUCUGACAGAUAAAGUGAAGAUUAUCCAUGAUCUGGAGAAUGGAAUUGCAGUUCAAGAGAUAAUGAAAAAGUACCGCAUUAGAUCACGAUCUACCAUCUACACUAUUCGAAAAUCUAAAGUUAAGAUAAUGAACAAUAUUGCAAACAUUCAUGGAAACAUUGCACACCGCAAAAACUUCAAACAAGCUCCAAGUUACCCAAAGGUGGAUGAAGCAUUGUACCUUUGGUUUCUGCAACAAAGACAACGCCACAUUCCGGUGAGCCAAGAAAUGCUCCAAAUUCAAUCAGUUAAAUUUGUCAACGAAUUGGAAGGUGAGUCUCAUUUUGGAAGUAGAGGUUACAUUGACAAAUUCAUCAAGAGAUAUGAAAUUCGCCUUCUCAAAAUUACGGGCGAAAAAUUGUCCAGCAAUAUGGCUGCAAUUGAGGACUACAUCAAGAAGUUCUCUACAGGAAUGCAAAUAGAAACUUAUGCCCGAGUCAGAUUACUUACUUACGUUGAUAAAAAUUCAGUAGGGGCACCAGGAAAGAAAACUAUCAAAGAACGUUUGACUUUUAUGCCAUGUUCUAACAUGGACGGUACAUUGAAGUUACCUCUGAUGGUCAUCGGGAAGUAUCUUAAUCCUCGAUCAUUGAAGAAUAUGAAGGAGCUGCCUGUUAACUACACAACAUCCAAGAACGCUUGGAUGACACAAUCAGGUCUUCCAAUUCCACUUUUUAAUGCAGAGGAACUGAAAACUAGUGACGGUGCUAUAAGCACUAUGUUUCUACUCCCAAACAAAACAGCGGCCUACAUUCAACCUAUGGAUCAGAACGUAAUCCAAAUGAUAAAAUCACGCUAUAGGAAGAUCAUGAUGAGAGAGAUUUUUGGUAGAUCAGGCAUAACACCGGUGGGCACGCUGAAGAACCUGUCGGAAAACGAUCGUCGUGACAGAUCGGAAUAG